AUGCGGCACCUGCUACUGUUCCUCGUCCUGGGAGCGACCCUCGCCCCGGGCACGUGGUCCGAGCUCGUCAGAUACUUGGAGGUCUCGGAGAACGCGAGGCCCGGCACCCGAGUAGGCUUCAUCGACGCCGACAGCCCGCCCUAUUUGAUCGUGUCGGUGUCCGGGUCAGCGGUGGACUCGGACUUGAACGUGGACCAUGCGACGGGAGAGAUCAGGACCAAGGUGGCGUUGGACCGCGAGACCAGGCCGUCCUACAGUUUGGUCGCGCUGCCGCAGAACAUUCAAGUGGUGGUGAAGGUGCUGGACGAGAACGACAACGCGCCGACGUUCCCCGUCGACCACGUGGACGUCGAGUUCCCGGAGAAUUCGCCGCGCGACGCGAAACGCGCCCUGCCGCCCGCCAAGGAUCCCGAUCUCGGCCAGUACUCCACCCAGAGGUACGAGAUCGUGUCGGGUAACCACGGGGACGCGUUCAGGCUGUCGCAGCACCGUGGUCGCGACGGCGUCCUCUACUUGGAUCUACAAAACUCCGGCUCCUUGGACAGAGAAGCGCGUUCCCAGUACCAUUUGGUGAUCGAGGCGCUCGACGGAGGCGCGCCGCCCCUUCGAUCGCGGUUACGCGUGAACGUGACGGUGCAGGAUGUCAACGACAAUCCGCCGAUCUUCAACCAGACGAGGUACGUCGCCAGCGUACCGGAGAACGCGACCGUCGGCACGCCGGUGCUCGCGGUGAACGCGACGGACAGCGACGCGGGCGACAACGGUCGCAUAGAGUAUUCCAUCAAUCGGCGGCAAUCCGACCGCGAGGAGAUGUUUCGCAUCGAUCCCGAGACGGGUAUGGUGUACGUGAACAAGGCGCUGGACUUUGAAUCGAAGGAACGCCACGAGCUGGUGAUCGUCGCGAGGGACUGCGGCGCCCAGCCGCUCGAGGCCAGCGCGUUCCUCUCCGUACGCGUCACCGACGUCAACGACAAUCAGCCCGCGAUCACCGUGAUCUUUCUCUCGGACGACGCGACGCCCAAGAUCAGCGAGAGCGCCCAGCCCGGCGAGUUCGUCGCCAGGAUAUCGGUCAGCGAUCCGGACUCCAGGACCGAGUACUCGAACGCGACGGUCACGCUGACCGGCGGCGAGGGCCACUUCGGCCUCGCCACCAGAGACAACAUCAUCUACCUGGUCGUGGUCGAGAGGCCCCUGGACCGCGAGGAGAAGCCCGUCUACGAUCUAUCGGUCGAGGCCACCGACGCGGGCACGCCUCCGUUGAGGGCCGUUCGAACAUUCCGACUCAUCGUCACCGACGUCAACGACAACGCGCCAAAGUUCGCUCACGAGAGGUACGAGGCGCACCUGCUCGAGGCCUCCGAGCCAGGAACCCCGGUAUUGAAGGUAACGGCCGUGGACCUCGACGAAGGCGCCAACUCGGCCAUCAAGUACUCAUUGCUCAACUCCACGUGGUUCACGAUCGACGAGGCGUCCGGCCUGAUAACCACCAUGACCCACGUGGACUGCGAGGCCGACCCCGCGCCGAUUCUAGUGGUGAUCGCGACCGACCGGGGCCGUCCGCCCCUGAGCAGCAGUGCGAUAGUGCGUGUCACAGUUCACGAUCUCAACGACAACGAGCCCAUCUUCGAGAAGCCGCUCUACAACGCCACCGUGCCGGAGGACAUGCCCGUUGGACGCUGCAUUAUCAAGAACUCUGUUCUCCAAAUUUAUAAUGCUAAAGAAUUUCAUAAAACAAAUAGUAUUAAGUGUUGGAAAGAAUUGGAGUAGAUUCAGGAAUCUUUGUAA